UGUGAGUGUGUAUCUCCGUACGUGAACGCGGCUCCCGAAGGAGCAGUACCCGGCUCCGUUUGUACCAUCGACUACUGCUCUGAUGUGCACUACUGUCCAUUGAACUCGACCUGUAAAAAUGUCGGCGAUCAGGCUAAGUGCGACUGUAACGCUGGUUUUGUCGAUCUACGCAAGUCGGAUAGACUAUCAGAGGCUGGCCUCGGUGAUGCGAUCUGCAUGCGACACACGGAUGUGAAUGAGUGUCUCCUUGGACUGCAUAAUUGCAGUGCGGCAGCGAUCUGUACAGACCUGAAGUACGGUUACGAAUGCAAGUGUCCUGAUGGCUAUACCGAUGGUAACCCAUCGGAACCAGGCGGGUAUGUGCAGCGUUGCUGUGCGGUCUGUGCAACGGCCACGGUGACUGUAUUCACGACAGUGUCACCAACAACGUCACCUGCGCAUGUGUCGACGGCUAUUCUGGACAGUUCUGCGAGCAUCAAGCCAUAUAAGAGUGCUCGAUGCCGAAUUGGGGGUCCAGUGACCUUUGAAGGAGAACCACCUGAGUACAUAACUUAUACCUUCUUGUUAUCCGUGACAAAGCUCUCGAAUGCGAAUGCUAACCAUACUGCAUCGUCAGCAUUUGACGCACCCCAUCAGCCUCCCCCACCCCACAGAGCUAAAUGCGACUGUAACGCUGGUUUUGUCGAUCUACGCAAGUCGGAUAGACUGUCAGAGGCUGGCCUCGGUGAUGCGAUCUGCAUGCGACACACGGAUGUGAAUGAGUGCCUCCUUGGACUGCAUAAUUGCAGUGCAGCAGCGAUCUGUACAGACCUGAAGUACGGUUACGAAUGCAAGUGUCCUGAUGGCUAUACCGAUGGUAACCCAUCGGAACCAGGCCGGGUAUGUGCAGCGUUGCUGUGCGGUCUGUGCAACGGCCACGGUGACUGUAUUCACGACAGUGUCACCAACAACGUCACCUGCGCAUGUGUCGACGGCUAUUCUGGACAGUUCUGC